UAAAUUUCUCCGAGGGGAAACAACAUUAACCCAACAAUUUCGACACAAACUUUUCCAACUCUCUGGCGGGUUUCUCUUCUGUUAAUGGCCGGUGAAACACAAUUCAUUCAGAGUGUGUGUGCCGUUGUAAUAAAAGGCCAAUGGAGCAACCUUUUCAAUCCCAAGGUUGGAGUUUGUCUCUCUUCAACGACCAUUCACCAGGUGCUUCAGCAACUUUCUCUCCAUGGCUAUGGCCCUUCACCUUCUUGGGCUUUCUUCAACUGGCUAGAGUUAGGGACCAAUUUUAAUUACAAGCACUCCUUGCAGUGCACAUGGACCAUGAUUCAUAUCCUCACUAAAUACAGACAUUUCAGACCUGCCCAACAACUGCUCGCGAGAAUUUCCCACAGAGAUUUCAUUUCUUCGCCGUCGGUUUUGAAUGCUUUGGUCACGACCCAUAAUGACCGGGAUGUGAAUUCUCAUGUUUUGAGUUGGCUUGUGAUAUUCUACGCCAAUUCGAAGAUGACCCAAGACGCAAUUCAGGUUUUCGACCACAUGAGAGUACGUGGACUUAAGCCACAUUUGCAUGCUUGUACUGUGCUUCUCAAUUCUUUGGUGAAGGAUAGGUUGACUGAUAUGGUAUGGAAGGUGUACAAGAAGAUGAUUCGAGUUGGCGUAGUGCCGAAUAUUCACGUGUAUAAUGUGUUGAUUCAUGCUUGUUGCAAUUCUGGGGACGUUGAGAAGGCGGAGAGUUUAGUGAGUGAGAUGGAGUUGAAGUGUGUUUUUCCUGAUCUUGUUACGUAUAACACACUGAUAUCGUUGUACUGCAAAAGAAGUAUGCACUACGAGGCUUUGUCUGUUCAACAUAGAAUGGAAAGUGCGGGAGUUAGUCCUGACAUUGUGACUUAUAAUUCGCUUAUUUAUGGAUUUUGUAGAGAAGGUAGGACGAGAGAAGCUGUGAAGCUUUUCAGGGAAAUCAAAGGUGCUAAUCCGAAUCAUGUAACGUACACCACGUUGAUAGACGGGUAUUGUAGAGUGAAUGACCUUGAAGAAAGUUUGAGAUUACUUGAGGUGAUGAAGGCCAAGGGGUUGUACCCUGGGGUUGUUGCUUAUAACUCGAUUCUCCGCAUGUUGUGCAAAGAAGGAAGGAUAAGAGAAGGAAAUAAGCUUUUGGUUGAGAUGAAUGAGAGGAAAGUUGAGCCUGACAAUAUAACAUGUAAUACCUUGAUAAAUGCCUAUUGCAAGAUUGGAGAUAUGAGGUCUGCAUUGAGGGUGAAGGAUAGGAUGCUAGAAGCUGGAUUAAAGCUCGAUAGCUUCACGUACAAGGCGUUGAUUCACGGAUUCUGCAAAGCGCAGGAUAUGGAAAAUGCUAAAGAACUUUUGUUUUCUAUGCUUGAUGCCGGAUUCUCUCCUAGUUAUUGUACCUAUUCAUGGAUUGUGGAUGGUUUCUGCAACCAACAGAAUGAAGAUUCAAUUACAAGACUCCCAGAUGAAUUCGUGAAAAGAGGUCUUUGCGUCGAUUUGUCGCUCUACCGAGCAUUAAUAAGGAGGUUUUGUAAAAGGGAAAGACUUGAUAGUGCUGAAAGGGUAUUCACUUUUAUGCAAGGGAAGAAUUUAUCAGGAGACUGCAUCGUAUACGCCAGUCUCGCUUACGCCUACAUGAAGGCAGGGAAGUUAGGAGAUGCCGAGGCGAUGUUGGAUGAAAUGUAUAAGAGGAGGUUGAUGAUAACACGCAAGAUUUAUAGAAGCUUCAAUGAUUCUUAUGCUACUGAUGAUAACAUCAUGCGCAUGUUUUGGGACCAUAUGGUUGAAAGACGUUUAAUGUCAAGAAGUCUUCUCAAGGAAAUGCAGAACUCAUAGGGAAUAAACAUGUUAGGUGUUGCAAAAUCAGUGUUUCCUAUGCCCUAAGAGUCACCCAAGAAAAAAAAAAAAUUUACCAAAGUCUGCUUUCACGUGUUGAAGGUUUCACAUGCUUAUGGGUGUGGAUACUCUAAAUCAUUAAGCAUAUGAAAGCAUCUUCUUAAGACCUUUAUGGAAGAGUGAUUGAGGUUUAAUUGCUAAA